CAUUGUGAAAAUGUUCACUGGUACGGAAUCGCAAAAAACAACCUUUCUGGAACAGACCAAGGCAGCCAGAGAAGAAAGGGCUCUCGAAAAGAAACGAACAGAGGCUGCCAUUAAAAUACAAUCGACGGUAAAAGGAUUUUUGUGCCGUAGGCGUUUUCAAAAACGUAUAAUAAAUGAUUUUGAUGCCCUUCUUCCCAUCAAUCCAGCUGGUGAUGAACAAAAGGAAAAAAUCGAUUUAUAUACCGCAUCUGUGGUGUAUCCAGUAUUUCUGCGUUUCUUGACACAUUACAAGUUAUACAAAGAUAAUGAAGAAACUAGAGAACGUAUUGAACGUUUGUGUCGCUACUUGAAUAAGUCAAUGGAAAGUGAUUCGCCGAAGCUUUCAUAUGCCACUUUGUGUUUGCAAAAAGAUAAAAGCUUGGCAUGGAUAGCACACAUUAAGACUCUACUGAACUUUAUUCUUCAGUUACUGCAGGAUAUCAAACCAGAAAAUCAUGCUGAUAGCAUAUCAUUGGCUCUAUAUUUGCAUACAUUGGUGGUAUUCACAUCUCCAAAAUCCUGGGGUAUUUUAAGAAUAAAACAAUUUGAAAAAGUACAAGCGGCACUACAGAAAAUAUGCUGUAACAUACAAGGCAAUCUAAUACAAAAUGAUUUCUUCAAAAUAAUGAGGAGUCUACUCCUCAAGGGCACGGCACGUGAAGAUUUGUCAUUGAAACCUGUUUCAUUGAUUGCCAUAAUGACAUUGUGUACGCGACCAUUGAUAGAUGGUGAUUUUUCACGUAAUAUUAUGGCACAAUUUCUAAUUGAAAUAUUAUCAGUGCCGGCACUGGUUUAUCAUUUACAUGCUGUGGCUCCGCAAUGCAUUGAACAAAUGUCUUCAAUGUGGAUUUUAAAGCGGGCGCUAAACAUAUCUGAGGAUAUGAAUUGGUUUAAGGACUAUGGCAGCAGCAUGCCUGGCACCAAAAGCUUGGCUUUACUGGGGAACAUAAUUAAUCUCUUUAAUAUAGAAAAUGUGACCGAGGCAAAACUUUUGGCCUAUCCUCUACUGACGAACACUGUUACAAUGCUUUUUGAAAAUAUACCCAGUACAUCCUCGUCAAAGGGAGUAUUUACACAGUGGCAUGAAUUAUUGGGUUGGCAUACACCAUCCAAGGAUCCGGCACAAAACCAAUGUGUUGCCAUCAUUAAGAAACAAUUUCACAUGUUGUGGGCAUUGCGCUGUCUACAAAUUCUAUUGGGCGAUCUACUCAAAGAGAUCAAUGUAAACUUUGAGCGUAUUGAAUUUCAAGCACCCAGUUUAGCCUCAACAAGUAAUUUGUUGCGUAGAGCUCUUGAUCGCAGUUCAACUCGUACGAAUCUAAAUAAAUCCUCUAAGGUGGCAUGGCGUAAAUUAGAUUCUCCCGAAGUAAUACAAGUGUCACGCAUCUGUGCCAUGUAUUAUUCAGCUCUGAAUACCUUGUCACAGCUGAAAUUGGAAAUAUUGACAGGUAUUUGUUUUGUGGACAAAGUGUUCUAUGAUUUGUGGUUGUUUUUGACAUCGAUGGGACCUAAUUGUGCUCUCAAGGAAUAUUUGGAAUUAUUCAAAUGUGAAGAUUUUCAAAAUAAGCCUCAAACACAAAUGUUGAUGCUCUUUUGUGAUUGUAUGACUCAUUAUGUAACCGUACUUGAUGAACACGAAAUGUACACCGAACAGAAAUGUUUUCAACUAAACGAUUUUGUUAUGCUGACAUAUUUUUUAAAUAAUAUUUUAUAUCGUAUCAUAAAUGAAGAUAUAUUUGGCAAUACAAAAAACAUCACACAAUCCCCAGUCUUUGUAUCAUUGCACAUGCUAAUGUUGUGUCUAUAUAAGCGGGAUUGUCGUCGUCGUUUCACUCCACCCAAUCAUUGGUUAAUACCCGAAGUUAAACCCUCAACUUUUAUUAAUGAUUUGGAAAAGGGUAAACGUCAUGCCGUUAUAUUGUUGCAAAAAAUGCCUCACAUUAUACCUCAUGAAGAUCGUGUUAAGCUAUUUCGUAAAUUUGUUCAAAACGAAAAAGCGGUAUUGGGCCUAACCGAAUCAGCAUGUGCCUCGCCGCGAUCCGCAUUGAUUGUUGUACAUCGUGAACGUAUUGUAGAGGAUGGUUAUCGUCAGUUGGCCGCUUUGAAACCACACGCUUUAAAGGGCGUAAUACGUGUACGUUUCAUCAAUCAACAAGGUCUCCACGAAGCUGGCAUCGAUCAAGAUGGUGUUUUCAAAGAAUUUCUCGAAGAGACAAUAAAACGUGUAUUCGAUCCGGCAUUAAAUCUUUUCAAAACCACCUCAGAUCAACGACUCUAUCCUUCGCCCAUAUCCUAUGUACAAGAUAAUCAUUUGCAGCUGUUUGAAUUCGUGGGUCGCAUGUUGGGCAAGGCUGUCUAUGAAGGCAUUGUCGUUGAUGUACCAUUUGCAUCAUUCUUCCUUUCGCAGCUUUUGGGCCAGACACAUCAGGCCCUCUACUCCUGUAUGGAUGAGUUGCCAUCAUUGGAUGCUGAACUGUAUAAAAGUCUGACAUUUAUUAAACACUAUGAACAUGACGUGGCCGAUUUGAAUUUAACAUUUUCCGUGGACCAAGAUGUUAUGGGUAAAAUUGUUACCCAUGAAUUGCAUCCGGGCGGUAAAGGACGUGCUGUGACCGAUCACAAUAAAUUAGUUUAUAUACAUUAUAUGGCCUAUUUUCAUAUGAACACUCAGAUACGUGAACAGACUCAGGCAUUCAAUCGUGGUUUUCGAAGUAUUGUCAAUCCGGAAUGGCUGUCGUUGUUUUCGCCGCCCGAAUUGCAACGGUUGAUAUCAGGCGAUACGGUCCCCUUGGAUUUGAAGGAUUUACGUAAACAUACCCAGUAUUAUGGUGGCUUUCAUGAUUCACAUCGUGUCAUCGGUUGGUUGUGGGAUAUAUUGGCUAAAGAUUUCACCGAAGAGGAAAAGAAAUUGUUUUUAAAGUUUGUUACCAGCUGUUCAAAGCCCCCACUAUUGGGUUUUGCCCAUUUGGAACCACCCUUUUCAAUACGUUGUGUUGAAGUGGGCGAUGAUGAGGAUACUGGCGAUACCAUUGGCAGUGUUAUUCGUGGCUUCUUUACAAUACGAAAAAAGGAUCCCCUAAAUCGUUUACCCACCUCCUCGACCUGCUUUAAUUUACUCAAGUUGCCAAAUUAUCAAAAGAAAUCAACGUUGAGAGAUAAAUUACGUUAUGCAGUUACCAGUAAUACCGGUUUUGAGUUAUCUUAAUUUGAGAAG